AUGCCUCAAGCCUCCUCCCUACCCGCGUGGGCCGACCUUCAAGCCCACCGCGACAAUGUUGGCAAGAACUUUGUCCUCAAGGAGGCCUUCGCUUCCGACCCUGAGCGCUUUGCCAAGUUCUCUCGCACCUUCGCCACCGCCGAAGGCACCGAGAUCCUCUUCGACUUCUCCAAGAACUUCCUGACAGAGGAGACCCUUGACCUGCUGGUCAAGCUGGCGGAGCAGGCCGAGGUCGAGAAGAAGCGCGAUGCCAUGUUCGCCGGCGAGAAGAUCAACUUCACCGAGAAGCGUGCUGUCUACCACACUGCUCUGCGCAACGUUGGCGGCUGGGACAUGCAGGUGGACGGUGCCAACGUCAUGAACGGCCCCAACGGCGUCAACGCCGUUCUCGAACACAUGAAGGAGUUCUCCGAGCAGGUGCGCUCCGGCGCCUGGACCGGUUUCACUGGAAAGAAGCUGACCAACAUUGUCAACAUUGGCAUUGGUGGUUCUGAUCUCGGUCCCGUCAUGGUCACCGAGGCCCUCAAGCACUACGGCGCCAAGGACACGACCCUGCACUUUGUCUCCAACAUUGACGGCACCCACAUGGCUGAGGCCCUUGCCGCGUCUGAUCCCGAGACCACCCUCUUCCUCGUCGCCUCCAAGACCUUCACCACGGCCGAGACCACGACCAACGCCAACACGGCCAAGACCUGGUUCCUUGAGCAGACCGGCGGCAAGGGCGAGAUUGCCAAGCACUUUGUUGCUCUGUCUACCAACGAGGCCGAGGUCUCCAAGUUUGGCAUUGACACCAAGAACAUGUUCGGCUUCGAGAGCUGGGUCGGUGGCCGCUACUCUGUCUGGAGCGCCAUCGGCCUCAGCGUUGCGCUGUACAUUGGCUUUGACAACUUUUACAAGUUCCUCGGCGGCGCGCACGCCAUGGACAAGCACUUCCGCGAGACGCCCCUCAAGGAGAACAUUCCCCUGCUGGGUGGUCUCUUGAGCGUGUGGUACUCUGACUUCUUCCAGGCCCAGACUCAUCUGGUGGCUCCCUUCGACCAGUACCUGCACCGCUUCCCCGCCUACCUCCAGCAGCUGUCCAUGGAGUCCAAUGGCAAGAGCAUCACCUCUGACGGCACUGCUGCCAAGUACACGACUGGCCCCAUUCUCUUCGGCGAGCCCUGCACAAACGCCCAGCACUCCUUCUUCCAGCUUGUCCACCAGGGCACCAAGCUCAUCCCCACCGACUUCAUCCUGGCUGCCAAGUCUCACAACCCCAUCUCGGACAACCUGCACCAGAAGAUGCUUGCCUCCAACUACUUUGCCCAGGCUGAGGCUCUCAUGGUCGGCAAGACGGCUGACGAGGUCCGCGCCGAAGGCAGCACUCCUGAAGACCUCGUCCCCCACAAAGUCUUCCUCGGCAACCGCCCCACCACCUCCAUCCUCGUCGGCGGCCACAUUGGCCCUGCCGAGCUCGGUGCGCUCAUUGUCUACUACGAGCACCUCACCUUCGUCGAGGGUGCCGUCUGGGACAUCAACUCCUUUGACCAGUGGGGCGUUGAGCUCGGCAAGGUCCUUGCCAAGAAGAUUCUUGGCGAGCUCGACGCCGAGGGCAACGGCGAGGGUCACGACGCCUCGACCGGGGGCCUCAUUGGCGCUUUCAAGCGUUACUCCAAGAUGUAA